CUCUCUUGGAAACCCAUCCACGACUUCCACUCUCUGACACCAUGGUUAGUUCUUGUGGCUCUGUCUGCUCUGACCAGGGCUGCGGCCAUGGCCUCUGCCAGGAGACCUGCUGCUGCCCCUCCUGCUCUGGCUCCAGCUGUUGCCGCCCCAGCUGCUGCCAGACCACCUGCUGCCGUCCCAGCUGCUGCAUCUCCAGUUGCUGCCGCCCCUCCUGCUCUAGUUCCAGCUGCUGUGGCUCUAGCUGCUGCAGGCCCAGCUGCUGUGUGUCCAGCUGCUGCCGCCCCACUUGCUGCCAGACCACCUGCUGCAGGACCACUUGCUGCCGCCCCAGCUGCUGUGUGUCCAGCUGCUGCCGCCCCUCCUGCUCUAGUUCCAGCUGCUGUGGCUCCAGCUGCUGCAGGCCCAGCUGCUGCAUCUCUAGCUGCUGCCGCCCCUCCUGCUGUGGCUCCAGCUCCUGUGGCUCUAGCUGCUGCCGCCCCUCCUGCUGCUGCCCCUCCUGCUGUCUGCGCCCAAUCUGUGGCCAGGUCUCCUGCCACACCACUUGCUAUCGCCCCACCUGUGUUAUCUCCACCUGCCCCCGUCCCAUGUGCUGUGCUUCUUCCUGCUGCUGAGACCUUUCCCUGAACCUACCCUCUCCCCUUCAUUGGGUUCAUCAUAGCAGCAGACUCUAUAUACCAUGUGGAUGCCUUAGGGGUGGCCAUUCCCAACAACUGUAUGCCCACACCCCAGCCUCAGGCCAAACUCUCACCUUUGUUGACCAUUUCCUCAGGUGGACUCAGAGUAUGAAAUUAGAUGAUAUUCAUAGAAGAAAUUACUAGAAUUGCCCAAAUUCUACAUCUGACCUUUUGAUUUCUGGGUGCCAAGUCACUCUGUCCCAAACACAGAAAUUCCUGCAGGGCCCACAGGGACACUGCUGUUACAGCCUCAGAUCCAAAAGUCUGUAUUUCCUGUUACAGGAAUGUUUCUGAAUCUUGUUGCUGCUUCUGAAUAAAGUUCCACUUUCCUGGCCUAGAAA